AUGCCCACCAACACAUACGACUGCAUCAUCGUCGGCGCCGGAUAUGCCGGUCUCUCAGCUGCAAAAGCGCUCUCUGAAAAUGGCAAGUCAAUCCUCGUCUUGGAAGCGCGUGAUCGCGUCGGCGGUCGAGCAUGGACAAAACACCUCGACGACGGAACAUACGAAGACUACGGCGCCAUGUUCCUCGGCGUCCAGCAACCCAACAUGUACAAACUAGCAUCAGAAUAUGACAUUCGCACAUAUGACGUCCCACUCCAAGGAAAGAGUGUAUUUCGGUAUAAAGGCCAGACAAAGAAAUACUCGUCUGAUUUAUUACCUCCCCUGCCAAUAUGGGGGCUCAUAGACGCAGGUCGCGUAUUAAAGACGUUUGAGAACAUGUCCGCCAAAGUCAACCUCGAGGAGCCAUGGAAAACAGAAAACGCAAAGAAACUAGAUCACCAGACGCUGGCAGAAUGGGUGCGCCUUAAGUCCUGGACACGCAGCGGCAAGGAUAUCAUGCGACUUCCGUUUGAACUGAUUUGGGGUGCGGAUAUUUCGCAGGUUAGUAUGCUGCAUGCCCUUUGGUAUUGUAAAGCUGGAGUCAGUCUCACCGUCUUGUCGACGAAUGAUCAAGGUGCGCAGAUGCAGCUCAUGGUGGGCGGUGGACAAGCAGUCGCGAAUUGUAUCCAGAAGCAACUUGGCUCAGGGGCGGUGCAUCUGGAAGAACCUGUCACGGCGGUUGAUCAUCAAGAUGAGGAUGAGCAUGUUGUAGUGAAGACAGCAAAGGGUGUUUAUACAGCAAACCGUGUUAUUUUCGCUACACCACCACCGAUUAUCCUCAAAGUGGACUUUACACCACCUCUACCCACCCAGAAAGUUAAGCUCCUUGAGAGUAUGCCAAUGGGCAAAUACUGGAAGAUCAUGGCGACGUACUCGAAGCCAUUUUGGCGAGAAAUGGGACUUCGUGGGGAAGUCGUCAGUCCAGAUGGAUACAUUGGACUUAUGAAUGACGUUUCACCUAUUGACGGAGAGUAUGGCAUGGUUAUUGGGUUUAUAGCCGCGUCCAAGGCACUCGCGUUUCUGGAAAUGACGCAACAGCAGAGAGAAAAGAUCGUCUUACAAGAACUAGGAAGUGGUUUCGGCAGCGAGGGCGGCAAGCCAACUCGUUUGUCCAUUCACAGCAUGAUGAAUGAAAAAUGGUCAGGCGGGUGUCCCGUUGGCGUUCCCUUGCCUGGGACGUGGACCAGUUUAGGAGAAUGGGUUCGGAAACCAAUUGGACGUGUUCACUGGGCUGGAACGGAAACGUCAACUAGUUGGAGCGGGUAUAUGGAGGGAGCUGUGUGUUCUGGGCUGAGAGCGGCGGCUGAGGUGAUGGCCGUGAUGGGCAAGAAAUAG